CUAGCAACGUUCGAUCCGUCGAUUUCCUAUAAAUCUGCUCCUGUCCAAUCGUUGUACCUUGAUGACCGUAGCUCCGGUGACGAUAAGCCCGAGGCGGCGGCUUCCAGUGCCGGAAGUGGAGCAGCCAUGAGGAUCAUCGUACCACUCCAAGGUAUCGUGCAAGGCAGAGGAGGCUUAAUCCUUGGCUCUCUAAUUCCUUGUGCACUCCUCUAUUUCUUCCAGUUCUACCUCAAGCGCAACCGCUCCUCUCCACCUCCUGAUUCGCCAUCCGCCUCUACGGCUAAUUUGCCGGAGUUAACCGGAAUUCCAAGGAACUCUUCCCGCACUAGUCUUCCGACUCGAGGUUCUAUUCGUCCCGCGCCGGUUUCAUCGCGGGCUACGGCCAUAGCUAGGGCCAGCGAUUCAGCUUACUACACCGGGUGGAAGAAAUGGUUGGAGGAUCCGUACCAUCCAACCUCUAAUCCUGAUGGAAUCAUUCAGCUUGGGUUGUCUGAGAACCAUCUUUCCUUGGAUCUUAUCGAAGAAUGGCUCGCAGCUAACCUACAGAAAUCUUUGCUUGGUGAGAAGCGGGGAGAUUUGAGCAUUUGUGGCUUGGCUACCUAUGAGCCCCUCGGUGGAUUGAUGGAUUUGAAAAUGGUAAUGGCUGGAUUCAUGAGUAAAAUCAUGCGAGGAUCUGUUUCAUUUAAUCCAGCCCAGAUCAUACUAACAGCUGGUGCAACUCCUGCAAUUGAGGCACUUAGCUUCUGUCUUGCAGAUCCAGGAAAUGCAUUCCUUGUUCCUUCCCCGUAUUAUCCAGGAUUUGAUCGGGAUAUAAAAUUACGAACAGGCAUUGAGCUAAUACCAGUUCACUGUCGAAGCUCAAACAACUUCAGUUUAAGUAUAGCUGCACUUGAAAGGGAAUACAAACAAGCAAAAAAGAGAGGAAUAAAAGUUCGUGCUGUUCUUUUAAGUAACCCUUCGAAUCCUGUAGGCAAUAUAUUGCAUCGGGAAACACUAUAUGAUCUCCUAAGCUUUGUUACAGAUAAAAACCUCCAUCUUAUUUCAGAUGAAGUAUAUGCUGGUUCAACCUAUGGGACUGAGGAAUUUGUGAGCAUAGCUGAACUUCUGGAUACAGGGGUUUUUGACAACAGCAGGGUUCAUAUAAUAUACGGACUGUCCAAAGAUCUUUCUCUUCCAGGAUUUAGGGUGGGAGCCAUCUAUUCCUAUAAUGAAAAUGUCAUCGCAGCUGCGUCAAAGCUAACAAGGUUCUCUUCCAUUUCACUUCCCACUCAACACCUGCUUGUUUCAAUGCUUUCAGAUACUAAAUUCGUAGAGGAAUAUUUGAAAGUAAAUAGGGAGAGACUUGCGCAAAUGCAUGCACUUUUUGUUGAGGGACUAAAGCAGCUCGGCGUUGAGUGUUUCAAGAGUAGCGGGGGAUUUUACUGUUGGGUAGACAUGAGUAAGUUCCUAAAGUCCUACAGUGUAAAAGGCGAGCUUGAACUUUGGGAAAAUAUUCUGAAUGUGGCCAAGGUCGUUCUCACACCGGGAGCUUCAUGUCACUGUAUUGAACCUGGGUGGUUUAGGUGCUGCUUUACUACAGUGACUGAAAGGGAUGUUCCUUUGGUUAUGAACCGAAUUAGUAAAGUUCUGAAAGACCAUAAAGCUACUCAUUGAAAUAACAAGCUACAUUUAAGAUACAUUCAUUGAUAAGGGUAGACACUAACAAAGUAGGCUUUGAGUAGGCCUUUUUACGGAGAAAUUAUUCUGUGCGGAAUCCGAACAUGUUCGGAAGCGAAUCCGGACGCGCCACGUCACCGGAUGCACCGGCCCCCGGUGAUGUGGCAUGUCCGGAUUCGCCUCCAAACACGUUCCACACAGAAUAAUCUUCCCAAGGUACAAUGUUACCAUUCACAUCAAAGUACCCUGUCACAGACCACAGGGCUAUAUGCGACUGCAGCCUUACUUUUGAUGAACAAAUUGCUUUUUCUGGACAUUUGUUCCGAAUGAAAAGCAUGCAAAGAGGCCCCUCCUGAUGAGUUCCUGCAAUAUAAUAAUUUUUUAUCGUUAGGAAAUUUAUUGUGUUCAGUUUGAUGGAUCCAGAAUCAUGGGGGUUCUCUUUAUAAAGACUUGAAUGCUCGUGGAAAUAUAGUUUUCUAUUUCUGGCAUAUGAAGAUGAGAACUGGCAUUUUAUU